AACGACGGCCAUGGCUGACAUCGCUUCUCACCCCUUUGGAAACCUCAGAGUGGCUCCAGUCGAAGAGUACCGCAAGCGCAAGGUCGCACUUAUCUCCGGUAUCACCGGGCAGGACGGUUCUUACCUUACCGAACUGCUUCUCGAAAAGGGCUAUGAGGUACACGGGAUCAUCCGUAGAUCGUCCAGUUUCAACACAAAUCGUCUCCAUCAUCUCUAUGAAGACCAACAUGAACGCCCGAAUAAGUUCAAACUGCAUUAUGGUGACCUUGGCGACAGUACCAACCUUGUGUACAUCAUCGCCUCAGUUCAACCAACGGAAGUAUACAAUCUCGGCGCACAAUCUCACGUAAAAGUUUCGUUUGAGAUGGCUGAAUAUACCGGUGACAUCGAUGGCCUUGGCACCUUGCGUCUUUUGGAUGCUAUUCGUACUUGUGGACUUGAGAAGCAUGUCCGAUUCUACCAGGCCUCGACAUCUGAGCUUUAUGGAAAGGUUGUUGAGACUCCGCAAACUGAAAAGACUCCAUUCUAUCCCCGUAGUCCAUACGGUGCUGCCAAGUUAUAUGCGUUCUGGAUUACUGUAAACUAUAGGGAAGCAUAUGGGAUGUAUGCGUGCAACGGAAUCCUGUUUAAUCACGAAAGCCCUCGACGCGGCAGAACCUUCGUAACACGGAAGAUUUCUCGCGCUGCGGCUGAAAUAAAAUUAGGCAAGCAGCACUGUCUGUACUUAGGUAACUUGGAUGCACGACGUGACUGGGGUCAUGCAAAAGACUAUGUCGAAGGCAUGUGGCGCAUGCUGCAGCAGCCCGAACCAGAGGACUUUGUUCUUGCUACUGGCGAGACGCAUCCAGUCAGGGAAUUUGUUGAAAAGGCAUUUGCAGAGCUUGACGUGCACAUCAAAUGGCAAGGCACUGGUGAGAAAGAAGAAGGUAUUGACACCAAGACAGAGAAGGUUAUUGUAAAAGUCGACCCGCGCUAUUUCCGUCCGGCAGAAGUCGACCUUCUCCUCGGCAAUCCGGCAAAAGCAGAGUCAAAACUUGGAUGGAAGCGUAUUGUUGAUUUCGACUCGCUUGUCAAGGAGAUGGUCCAGGCUGAUCUGAAAGCUGCCAUGAAUCUCAUCGAGGAUCAAAAUUAGGCUUGUUUGAAUUGGUAUCAGGGCACCAGAACACUUACUGUUAUGGCAUGGGGUAAUUGUUUUGAAUGCGAGGUUUCCCGUGUUACAAUACGUACUUUGCCCCGUCCAGUCCAGUCCCCUUCCUCUGUGUCAUCAUUCCUGUGUUUUCUAAAAGGCGAUCGUUUCCAUCAUCCUGGAUUUGGUACUUCGUCUGACUCCAUAGACACUUUUCUUGUGAUGAAUUGACGGAAUUUCAUGAAUAUAUUAUCAAUUUGACAUGACG